AUGGGGAGAGUCAGUUGGGCUUCUACCCCUGCAUCAGUUACCUGCCAGCUGAGCAACUGGUCAGAGUGGACAGAUUUUCCAUGCCAGGACAAAAAGUAUCGAUACCGGAGCUUCUUGCAGCCGAACAAGUUUGGGGGAACCAUCUGCAGUGGUGAUGUCUGGGAUCCAGCCAGCUGUUCCAGUCCCACAGCUUGUCAAAAGCAAGCACAGUGUGGACAGGAUUUCCAGUGUAAGGAGACAGGUCGCUGCCUGAAAUGCCCUGUGUGCAAUGGAGACAGGGGCUGCCUUAGUAGCUCUGAUGAGGAUGACUGGGAGGACAUCAGGGCCAUUGAAGAUGACUGCACCCAGUACGAGCUGAUUCCAGGAUCAGACAGGGCAGCCUUGGGGUACAAUAUCCUGACCCAGGAAGAAGCUCAGAGUGUGUACGAUGCCAAGUAUUAUGGGGGCCGGUGUGAGAUGGUGUACAAUGGGAAAUGGAGGGAGCUUUGGUACGACCCCACCUGUGAGCAUCUCUACUAUAGAGAUGAUGAAAAGUACUUUCAGAAACCCUACAACUUCCUGAAGUACCACUUUUCAGCCUGGGAAGAUACUGGAAUCUUUUCAGAGUUGUAAGAUGAUGGAAAUGACCUUCUUUCUAAAGUAAAAAAUGACAAGUCUAUGUCAGCUGGAAUGGCCAUUGGCAUAGGCCCCACAGGCAAACUUGCAGUGGUGGAUCUGGGUGUGUCCAGGUCAGAAGACACUUCCUUGUUGAAUAAGUUAAGCAAGUAUAAUGAGAAGAAAUACAGCUUUAUGAGAAUUUUCACAAAGGUGCAGACUGUCCAUUUUAAGAUGAGGGGGGACAAUAUUAUGCUGGAUGAAGGAAUGCUGCAGUCAUUAAUGGAGCUUCCAGAGCAGUACAAUUACGGCACGUACGCUAAGUUCAUUAACGACUAUGGCACCUAUUACAUCAUGUCUGGAUCCAUGGGUGGCACUUAUGAAUAUAUCCUGGUGCUUGACAAAGAAAAAAUGGAAUCACUUGGUGUUACCAGCGAAGAUAUCAAGACAUAUUCUGGAGGCCUCUUGAAAUUUCAUUAUGAUGAUGAUGAUGCAGUAGGCAACAGCAAGGCCACAUUUGUGGAAGAUGUCAUUUCUUGGGUGUGAGGUGGCAGUUCUGGCUGGGGUGGUGGCUUGAAACAAAGCAGGAGCACCAUUACAUACUGUUUCUGGGGGUCAUUAAAGUAUAAUCCUGUUGUUAUCGAUUUCGAGACGCAGCCCAUUCAUGAAGUGCUGCUGCACACAAACCUGAGGCCUCUAAAGGCCAAACCCCAGCCUGCACCGGGGUACCUGAUGGAAUUCAAUGCCUGCUGCUGUGGGACCUGCUUCAACAGUGGGGAGCCCAUCCUCGAGGGCACCAGCUGCAGUCAGUGCUGUCUGGGUUGCAUGGGCUCUGCCUGUGAGCAAAUGGAGAUAGAGGCUGCCAGAUCAGACAGAUGCUGGAGCUGAUGGAGCUCCUAGUCUGUGUUCAGAGCAGGCACCCAGGAAAGGAGGAGAGAGUGCAACAACCCCAUACCCCAGAACAGAGGCAUCUCGUGUCCAGGGCAGAAAGUACAGACCUGGGCUUGCUGA